UAUAAACCGACCGACGAUCGAGACGCUUUCCCUACGCCUUGUCUCUUCAUCGUCAGCAGUCGUUCUGGUUGGACGUGUUGUUACCUAUCUCUGUAAACAAUGGCAGAAAAUCAGGAAUAUGAAAUGGGAAAUGGUGAAUUUGAGCAAGAUGGUGGUGAUCAGAAAUUUCAAACAGAUGAGCAAAUGAACGGAGAAGGCGAUGGAGGAAAUGAAACUGGCGGUGGCGGUGAUGCGCCAGCCGAUAGUGGAAGCGCUGAGGCACCCGGACGUGACGACGACAGGAAAUUGUUUGUUGGUGGAUUGAGCUGGGAAACUACAGAUAAGGAACUUAGAGAGCACUUUCAAACAUAUGGUGAUAUUGAAAGUAUAAAUGUCAAGACUGAUCCCAACACUGGGCGAUCACGAGGAUUUGCAUUUAUUGUCUUUUCAUCUGCAGAGUCUAUAGACAAGGUCUUGUCUGCUGGUGACCACAUAAUAAAUAACAAAAAGGUAGAUCCCAAAAAAGCCAAGGCCAGGCAUGGGAAAAUAUUUGUUGGUGGACUUGUUCCAGAAUUGUCAGAUGAUGAUAUAAAGAACUUCUUCGCCCAGUAUGGAACAAUUGUAGAUGUGGAGAUGCCCUUCGACAAAACAAAGAACCAGCGAAAAGGCUUCUGUUUUAUUACAUUCGAGUCCGAACAAGUUGUUCAAGAACUCCUUAAGUCACCUAAGCAGAGUAUUAAUGGGAAAGAGGUUGAUGUGAAGAAGGCCACCCCCAAACCAGACGGUAUGGGAGGAAUGAGAGGUGGCCGAGGUGCCAGGGGGGGCCGUGGUAGAGGGAGAGGAGGUAGGGGAACGCGAGGUGGAGGAUAUGGCGGCCAAGGCUGGGGAAACCAAGGAGGAUAUGGUGGCUACGGUGGAUAUGACCAAGGAUAUGGUGGUUAUGACUAUUAUGGAAGUGGAUAUGGAAACUAUGGAGGAUAUGGUGGUUAUGAUUACUCAGGAUAUUCAGGAUACGGCAAUUAUGGCCUGCCGAUCUUUAUUAUUUGCGUAUAAAAAAAGUUCUGUGUAAUUUUCUUUAUCAAACCAAUUAGGAAAUGGUCAUGGAAGCUCCCCCAAAUCCCCAAAUGGUAAAGGAAGCUCCUCCUAACCCACAAUGUGUGGGUCGUGAAUUUGUGCGCCAAUACUACACUUUGCUGAAUGCAUGCCCAGCUCAUCUACACAGAUUUUAUAACAACCAUUCUUCAUUUGUGCAUGGCGGGCUGGAUGCUCCCAACCGUGAAACGAAACCUGUUGUUGGCCAAAAGCAAAUUCAUCAAAAAAUUCAGCAGUUAAAUUUCAGGGAUUGUCAUGCUAAAAUCAGCCAAGUGGACUCUCAAGCCACGUUGGGAAAUGGUGUGGUGGUGCAGGUUACUGGAGAAUUGUCUAAUUGUGGACAGCCAAUGCGAAGGUUCACUCAAACAUUUGUUUUGGCCGCUCAAUCUCCAAAGCAGUAUUAUGUGCAUAAUGAUAUUUUCCGCUACCAGGAUAUAAUGUUCAGUGAUGAAGAAGUUGAACAAGAUUCUGGACAUUCAGCGGCUGAGGAGGAUGUUGAGCCUGAACAUGCUCCUAAACCUGAGGCCAUUGUUCCUAACCAGCAAAUGCAGCCUCCUCAAACUAUGGCUUACUAUACUGCUACCACUGCUGCUGCUGCCGCUGCUGCUGCUGGCAAUGCUGCUCCGGUAAAUCCUCAGCCUCCACCUCAGAUGGCGGCUACAUUGCCUCAUCAGUUGGCUUCGGGUGGAGUUGCUGCAGCUGCAGCUCCCCCUCCCCCGCAGUCAGUGGUGAGUGCUCCUGUGGCAGCUGUAGUCAAUGGCUCAGCUCACCCAGAGGAAGUGAUAUCUGCUUCUGCACCUGCCCAGCCAGUUCCUCAACCUCCUAUUCCAACAUUGGCGCCCAUGCCUCAACCUGUUCCUAUCCAGCCUGCGCCGGCUCCCUUGACACCAGCCCCACCUGCACACCCUGCUCCAGAAGAGGAGCCAGAGCAGGAGCAAGGUGCUGAAGAUGAAGGGGAAGGUUGGGGAGAUGUGCCUGAAGUGACAGCGGAGGAGGAGAAAGAAAAACAGACUCAGGAAAAUGCAGAAGAGACCAUUCAUCAUACACCAGAGACAGCCUCUAGUGAGCCAAAAACAUAUGCAAACUUAGUGAAGUCUGGGGUCAGCACUAGUUCAUCAUUCUCAUCUGCUAUCUCCACUUCUCCUAAUGUGCCAGCUAAACCACCAUCAUCACCGCCUCCUAGUGCACAACGACCACUGGAUUCCCGUGAAAAUGUGCCUGUCUCAACGAUGCCUAGUGGGGGUAGUGGAGGCCUUGGUCUUGGUUCUAGAGGUGCCAGACGUGGAGGUGGUAAUGUUCGUGGCAUGGCCCGACCAGAUCGAGGGACACCGGGGAGAGGAAAUUUCAAUGAAGAUUCUAGCACUGCCGGUGGAGAUGGUCAUAAUCGGCGAAUGGGAAAUGUUACCCAGCAGUAUGCAGACACUCAACAACUGUUCAUGGGCAACCUUCCUCAUCAAGCCACUGAAGAUGAUUUGAGGGAAUUAUUCAGCAAGUAUGGACCAAUAAUUGAUUUGCGUAUACAUAGCAAACACAAUUCUAAGAACAUGCCUGGUAACAGAGUUCCCAACUAUGGUUUUAUUGUAUUUGAGAGUGCAAAUACUGUACAAGCAGUACUAAAUAGCCGACCUAUUUACUACCCAGAUGAGACAGGGCAAAAAUUGAAUGUGGAAGAAAAGAAAACAAAAGUUCGUUCCAUGGAUGGCACUCGAAUGGGUUCGGGUGGAGAUACCAUGCUAGGAGGAGGACGCCCCAACAGUGGAAUGGGCGGUGGGCGUGGUGCCCCUGGUAUGAUGCGUGGUGGUCCAGGCAUGCAUCGUGGUGGUGGGCGUGGAGGAUUUUCUCGUGGAGAUGGCCGUGGUGGUGGGAUGAACAGGGCUGGUUACACCCGACGUUAACAUCCCACCACUUAACCAAUAAGUUAGUCCCUGUGUUAAACAAGCGCGCAAUUCCUCAGUCUAGUGGAAGUAAUAUCAAAGUUCAAUUUUCCAGAACAGGGAGCUUUUCCUUUUUUUUUCUUUUUUUUAAAUUUUUUAUUUAUGAACUUUAUUAAUAAUCACCACUUGAUUGAACACAGUUGAUUUAUCAUGAAAACCAACAUGUUUACGAGUAAAGAUUGAAAUUGCGCGCAAUUUGCCAUUUGUUACUGUCACCAUGAACCAGUAUACUGCAACUCAAGACUUUGACUGACGAAAUAAACGGGUUCCCUUUAUCUGUAGUCUACAUUCCCCUUUAAAAUUAAGAUGGAAUUUACUGUCUGAACUGUUGUAUUCUAUAUACCACAAGCGAAUUUAUGUGGUAGAGAAUUGACAGGAACUGUUUUGUUUGUGGACAAGUGAUACUUAAAUUUAAAGGGGAAGGCAUGCAAUAGCCAAUAGGAGAAAAGGAAGCCGUAACCACGUUCUUUUUAAGUAGCUAUGGACAGAAAGCUGUUGGUAGGUGAUGCUAGCACAUUCACGAAAAUAUUUUGAAUGUUGGUGCUGUUUUUCUUUUCAUUUUAAUAUUGGCAUGAAAAGGAAAUGGGAAGUGUGGUUAGUCUUGAUUAAUUUCUGUUUACUUGAAUGAUUUUUCAUAUUAAGGACAGUUCAGUAAUCAGUUUCUCCCAAUGAACUGCAACUUCAAGCAGUGAAUGUUUUGCUUGUUUGGGGGGAGGAGAUAGAAACCUCUCACUGUGCAAAAUGCUGAAUCAUCUUUGGAAUGUUGUUAGAUGAAUUGGCAUAUGUGAUCAUUAACUUAUUAUUACCACGAGGUUGUAGGUGGCUGCGUUUUUUUUAUAUAUAUUUUUUUUAAGUUGUGCUGUGUUGUGAUUAGUGAAUGGACAUUGUGUGGUGUUGAAAGUAUUGAAGACUUGGAAAAAUGCAUAACAAAAAAAACAACAAACAUUUGUUUUGUGCAAGGAGUAAUAGAGUGGAACAAAUAAUCAGAAAUAAGAUUAGUUUGUUUUGCUGAGUUAUGUAUUUCAGUGUCUUGCAAGUUGUGAUGGAUCUUUUUAUUAGACAUUCUGUGUCUUGAUUUUGCCUAAGAAUGGAUCAUGAGUGUUAUUUGGAACACAAGUUUCCUCCAAGCCCCCCUUCUUGCUGUCAUCAAUAUUGUUUACUAUUUCCCUGUGAUAAUAACUUAAUAAAUGCUUCCCUUUUAAGUUUAUUUCUGUAUGCUCAUUUUAGGAAAUUUAAAUGUAACAAUUUGGAAAUGUAUUGUCUUUUUUUCUAAAGUCGUUAUAAUCUUCAUUCCUUGAGGAAAAUAGAAUGUACAACUUUCCUCUAGUCAAUACAUGAAGAACAUCAUUGUUUUGGUAUUGCAGUGUAAGAUUGUUUUCAAUUAGGAAAUGAAUGUUGGUAUGUUUGAGCUGAUGAGUAGCCAUUCUUCCCCUUCCUACUCCUUGCACAAUCCUUUGUUCUAUCCUGUUUCACUUGCAAUUGACUGCAGUUUGUAAAUUAAGUUGUGUAAAUUUGGAAGUUGAAGUUCAUGGAUUGGUUUUCAAAACAAGUGAGUUACAGUUUCAAGAUAAUCUUUGCAGUAAUGACUACAGAGGACAGGCAGAAUUUGCUUAAGUCCUACAGCUGUGCUCUAGUGUUUUACAUAGUAUGUGAUAACCACAUGUAGGUCAGUUGUCUGUGUUAUACAGGUGACUUGUGCAUUUGGUACGAAAAUGUGUUGGUGUUCUUAAUUAACAGUUUUUCCCCUGCUUGUAAGUUUGUGUGUGAUUAUUUAGCAAGGACACUAAUUAUAUUAACAAAUCAGGUGCUAGAACCAAUACCAUGAGCUCAAUUUAUCAUUGUGACAAAUGCUGUCUAAAAAAAUGGAAGCAUGAAUCCUACAAAUUUUGUUUGUUUUAUUUGGGUUAAUUAACUACUAGUGGGGCCUUAUUCAUGUUAUCCUCUUCUUUGACGUUUUAUACGACCGCUUACUAAUUUGACUAAAAGACUAAUUUGUCUACAGGUUUGUGAGGAUUUUUUAAAAAAAAUUCUUUGUUGCUACAUAAUAAAAAUACCAACUGUAAAAAAUUGGUUAUAUUGGUAUAUCAUCAAUUAUGAGUUGAUGGGUAAGAAUUCUGUUAAAAUUAUAUUUGAAUUGUGCUUUUUCAAGCUUACUGGUUCUGUGCCUCAUUCCUUUAUUCUGAGACUGUCUAGUGCAACUCAUAUCAGACACUUAAUAUUAGUGUGCAGUGCAAAUGCAAAAUGUCCACAUGGGAAACGAUAGGCCUAUGACAGAAUUAUCAUAUACUGUUCGAAAGUUUGGCAAAAGUGCUUUUUCCAGUCAGUAAAAUUUUCCAUCAAAGGAAGGUGCAACCUGCUGGUAGAGCUUGCAACUUAACUGUGUAUAAAAAUGGCUGUCAAGAAAAAGGAUUUAUAUCACCUUUGUGCAUUCAAGUUCGAAGUUCCGUAUAGCAUGAAGGUGAAAUAGCAUUACUAGAAGAAACAACUUGCGUUCUUCUGCCCUGGAGGUACAGAAUGCGUUAUCACUGAUGUGUUCAAGUAAGCUGUGCUUCUUUGAGUUUUAUUGACUAUUACUGUUGUGCUCAAGAUUAAAGUAAUUACUCUGUAUAUAUGGAAAUAACAUUGUGUACAUGAUAUACUGGUAUAACUUUGCAUUAGCAAUAUGGGUUGAGAUUUGAAUUCUAGGGGUGGUAAUUCUGAACAAUUCAAUUGUGGGUGGCCCUCACAAUUUCUGUGAAACAUUGUGCCCUUCCAAUAUUAAUGGAUGAGUGACUGGCUGGCUGGGUUCUGAAGUACAACUUGAAAAUGUACUUAAUAAAAGGGUAAAGGAGUAUACUCUGUUAAGGCAAGCUUAAACUACUCAUCUAUUUUCAUUUGGAAGUAGCUGUGCUGUACAUUUGUGCUAUGGCUCUGUUACUUGGGCUUUUUGAGUUAAUUCAUGAGAAUUACUCAACAUGGAACACAUUGAAGAAAGCAUCUUGUUCUCAAGUGCCCUGUGAACUUUCUGAGAACACUGCAACUGAAUACUCACAUUACCUUCUAAAGAUGCCUUUUUUUUUAAGCAUCUUUCGAAAAUACGACAUGGACAACUGACAACUACUUGAUAUGCAUUCAUGCAGACAGGAUCUCCUUAUAGACUGUAAUUUCAUUAAUUUCUGUGAUAAGGCAUAUAUUCAUUUAAUCGUUGGUGUGCAUAGAUUGGGGUACAUAGCUGUUGCCUUGAGCAAUACUCUUAACCACUAACUCAAAUGCUUUGACGAAUAUUCAGUUUGUUUAGUUUGGCAACAAUAUGUCCUCCAGUUGCAUCAUGCAAUUUUAGAACUGAAGCAUUAGUGUGCUCCGUAACAAGCUAUUAAGCACAUAAAACAAGAUUUAUACAAUGUUGUUGUUUUGAAACAUUGCAACUUUUUGUCGUAACUCAAGUACACCAAUGCAAAAAGGACAUAUGUAGUUUCAAUAAUUUUCGUUAGCUAGGAGCUACGCUUGCAUUUUGUGACUAGUUUUUAUUCUGUUCAAGAAAAAGAACAAAUUUUCAAAUCGUAAUAGAAAUGAAUUAUCCUUUAUUAGAGUUGUAUAUGUUCAAUUUAAUAAUCAUUGCAAUUCCUUUUUUCAUAAUGUGAUAAUUUAUUGACUGCUGCAUGGACUAUUUGCCCUUAUGUAUCUACAUCAACACAAUUGUAAUUUAACGUGCCUGAAAUAGUUAAUAAAAAGUAUUCCAAUAAACAACAUAGUUUUUAUAUCCUAAUAAUGUGCUUUUCUUUCAUGGUUAUUUUUCAUGUUUUCAUAGAACUUGUAGAAGAGGUUGACAAGUUCAAAUAUCUAGAUUAUUGCAAGUGUGUUGUUAUAUUUAGAUGUGCAUUUUGUAAUAAUGUAGAGUUAUAGAAUUAAUGUUUUAUUAUUGUGGGUGCGAGCUCUAGGUAUUUUAUUGAGCGUAUGUAAAAGCAUUUUUGUAUUGUGUGGGCUCUUUAAAAUCAAUAUAUUGCUCCCUUCCCCUUACCUAAGCUUCUCUCUCCAUUUAUGACUAUUGUUCAGGAACCCUACAGAAAUUCUUUGUCUCUCCUAAUUAAACAGUCACUCCAACCACUCCCUUUCUCCCGUUCCCUGUAUGAGGGAGAGGUACAAAACUAAAGUAGCCAAAGAAUCACACAAAAUCACCAAUGGAAUGAUAAAUCCUUCAAUGAAGACUGGGGUUUGCAGCACAAAUCUCAUGAGCUUCCUUUCUUUUGGGACUGUUUUGAAAAAUAAAGGUUUUCAUUAAUAAAAAUGUAUCUUGUGAUCAAACUUCAAAAAUUAUUUU